CAAACAUUAUGGAAAUUAUUUCAAUGUAUGACAUUAGCAUAUAAUGAUGAUAUUACAUCACCAAAAUGGAAAACAUUUAAAGGUUUAAAAAUGAAUAUUAAAGAUAAGAUACGAUUAAAUAAUAUUAUUUGGCGUGCUUGGCAUAUUCAAUAUAUAUCCGGUCGUAAACCAGUUGUAUGUCAAUUUUCAUCCAAUAUCGAUAAUGAACGACAUAAGAAAACGGAAGCUAUAUUAUUGGAAGGAAAAUAUUGGAAACGACGUGCUGAUGUUGUUAAAGCUGAAUAUAAUAAAUGGAGACUUUAUUAUCAACAUCUUUCACGUUCAGUAGCUGCAGUAUUUUCCAAAUAUAAUCAUUGUUCGAAUAGUUCACCAAUGUCACCAUAUGAUUGGGAAAAUAAUCUACCAAGAUGGAGUAAUAAUUUAAGCUUUGAUUCACUUUUUACAUCAUCAUCAUUAUCAUCAUCAUCAGCAGCAGCGUUUAAUUCAUCAUCAUCAUCUUCUUCGAUAAUGGGAUGUUCAUCAACAAUAAAUACAGGUGUUAAUAAUAAUAAUUUGACCAACAAUAAUAAUAAUCAAGCAAUGAUUAGUCAAAAUGAUCCAAAUGGUUCAAUGCAAAUUUUUAACGAUAAUAUUCAAUUACCUUAUGCAAAUUAUUUUGAUUAUGCUAAUUCUCGUGAAAUUGCUCGUUCUGGUAUGGGUGCCGAUUUUAUGCAACCUGGUUUAGAACAAUUACAACCAAACAUUGAUUUUAUCGAUACAUUUGAACCAUUAUUACAAGAUAUUUUUUCAUUACGUGGUCAAUCAACACUUUCGACUGUUCCCGAAGAAACAGAAACAGGAUACAAAGAGGAACAAGAUCUUCUUAAUUCAAUAUUCAAUUCCUGUACAAAUACUUCAACGAAUAACAACAACAACAAUGAUAUGUCAAUGAAAUCUAUGCAAAAUAAUAGCUAUUGUCAAUUUGCAAACAGUUCAUCAAAUCAACAAAUGAAUCAACAGCCAAUGAUUAAUGUGUAUAAUAAUAAUAAUAAUCAUAAUAAUAAUUAUGGACAACCAAUUUUCAAUUUAAAUCAACAACAACAAGCUCAACAACAAAUAUUGCAAUCUUCGUAUAAAAUGGAAUUUCAAUCGACAAUGAAUCAACAAUCGAAUGCUGGAACAACAUCAUCAUUUCCAAUUCAUACAAACAAACUAUUACAACAGCCACAACAAGAAUCUAAUCGUCAAUCAAUUCAAAUGGCAACAAAUGAUUCGAUUAAUUAUAAUUCAAUGAAUUUUACAUUUAAUCCAUCGAAUACGAAUGACAAUACGACGACCGCCAUUAUGGGUGACAAUCAACAAAUGAAUCAAAUAACAAUGCCUAUUAAAAAAUUAAUACCAAAUUCAUCACAACAACAAUCGACAUCAUCAACAUCACCAAUUAUAAAUCUUGAGCUAAAAAAAGUGAAAAAUCAAACUCUUUCAUUAUCAUGUAAGGAUAUAUCACAGCUUCAAAAUUCUAUUACAACUGGUAGCGAUGCUAAUGGAACUUUACCAUUAUCUUCAUCAUCAUCAUAUCAAAUGGAUAAUCAAUCGAAUACAAUGGCUAAUAUUGGUCGUUCGUUAUCAUUACCAUUGAAUAGUGGCCUACAGCUUCCUUCACAACUAUCACCGAAUCAUAAUAAAAAAUUCAACAAAUCACUGCAACAACAACAAGAAACUGGACCUGUAAUAUCAUCAAUGUUAAAUACUUCAGUACUGGCUGCUACCUCAUCAUCAUUUACCGAUGUUCAAAUGAUACCUGCGACAAAUCUCGCCAUUCAAAAACAUCAUCAACAACAACAACAACAACAUACAUUCAUUCAGAAUCAUCUAUCUCCCUCUUCAUCAUCAUCAUCACCUCCACAAUCAUCCUUAGCAUUUGAUCUUUCAAAUUCAACACAUUCACAACCAAAUAAAAAAUUUCCAUUGCUAAAUAAUGGCAAAAAGCCAUAUAGUAUGAAUCCAAAUAGAAAUGUAGAUAAUAAUCAUAAUUUCAAGAUAAAAAAUCCAAUGCUUAAGAAUCAUACAACAGCAAGUUCAUCAACAUCAACUCUUUGUCCAUUAGAUUAUAGUGGUUUCAAAGAUCGAAUUCUAUAUGGUUCAAUGAAUAAGUUUUUUCAUAUGGAUAAUAAUAAUUUAAGUCCAACUCAUGAUGAUGAAAUGAUAAUGAGUCCAAUGUCAACAUACGGUUCAUAUUCAUUAUCGGCAAAUCCUGUAAAUUUUAUUGGUCGAAAUGAACACCAACAUCAAAAUAUACAUAGAGAACGACGAAGAGUUUGUCAUAUAAAUGCUGAACAAAAACGUCGUUGUAAUAUUAAAAAUGGUUUCGAUACAUUAAAAAGUCUAUUACCAUCAUUGGCACAGAAUUCAAAUACAAAAAUAAGCAAAGCAGCUAUGCUUUAUAAAGGAGCCGAUUAUAUUCGAUUGUUAAAAAAUGAAAAAUUUGAACAACAAAAAGAAUAUGAAUUACUCAAACAAAAGAUUGAUAAUCUCAAUAAUGUAAUCAGUGUAUUACAGAAUCAGCUUCCAACUACUGGUCUAACUAUUGCUGAUGGUUCUAGAAUAGAUCAUCUUAAAGAGCAAUAUGUUCAAUAUGUUAAACAGAAAACGAAUCAAAAUUGGAAAUUUUGGAUAUUCAGCAUAAUAAUGGAAUCAUUAUUAGAUUCAUAUUGUACACAAGUAGCAACAAAUAAUUUUGAUGAAUUAUGUAAAACAUUAUUUCGUUGGCUUGAUCAACGCUGUAGUUUAGUUAUUCUACGAAAAGAUGUUCUUAAUUCAUUACGAUUUGUAUCAAAAUCUACAAAUAUAUUGACCAAUCCAGAAUUAUUACAUGAUGAAAUUAUACAAGCAAUAUCAAUGCCAUCAACAACAACAAUGAUGAUGAUGAUGGAUGAAAAUAAGCAACAAGUACGCCGAAUAAAUUACGAACAACAAUCAUCAUCACCUAAUAGUUGAUUAUUAUCGGAUAUUGAAUCUUUCUUUUUUUGUUAUAUUUUUUUUAUUAUUAUAAU